GGGAGCUGUAAAUCGCUGCACCUCCUACUGUUUUACUUUGUUAAUUGUUUGUUCUGAGAGGGAAAAUGUAUGAAACCGCUAACACAGGUGCAGGGAAGGUGGAGAUAGUGGUUAAGGAUGAGGGUCAAGCUUCACCCUCAACAACUCCUCCUCCCCUGACCCCUGCGCAGCGACGCAAGAAGGAGAUCCAAGAGAAACUGCGAGAGCAACAGGCGCUGCUCGCAGGGGCAGAGAGACAAGAGGCUGCAGAGCUGGAAGCUGCGACAGAUGCUUCCAGAAAAGAGCAUCUGUUGCAGCAGGCUCAUAAGACUUUUACAGAUGCCAGAGUGGCCCAGUGUACACGGGACCUGGCUGAGCUGAUAUUGUUGCAGGUCAAACUUACAGCCAGCCACUUCACAAACUGGGAUGAGAGGAUCCAGCGGCUGGAGACCAGAGUGGCUGAUCUGGGAACUCAGCAGUCGAAGAUCCUGGAUGCAAUCCAGAAUCUGACUGCUCAGCUAACAGCAGCCAACGUCAUCAGUCCCCUGGUCCCUGUGGUCCCCUCUCUAAAGCCCAAGAAGCCUUCUCAACCCCCUUCUCCACCUCCUUCUCCACCUCCUGGGUCUCCUCACUCUUCUCGCAAGGCUUCUCCCUCUGUCUCCUCCCAGGCCAAAGCCACACCUCCUCCCACCUUUGCUGCUGUUGUUGCUGGGGACCACAGAGGUCCCAAGAUCCCUGCCCCCAGCAAAUUCAAGGGGGAUGACCCCAGGAUUGAUGUGGGGGACUGGGCAGCUGGAACCCGGGCCUAUCUGAAAGGGUUCCAGUGCCCAGAGCAGCAAAAGGUGGCCACCGUUGUGGGGCUGCUGGAGGGGCCAGCCCAUAAAUGGGCCACCUCUACAGCAAGCGCCCAGAAUCAGACUUCGGAGGACUGGGCCUCGACACUGGGGGCUGACAAACUUUUGCAGGCCCUGGAAGACCGGUUUGCAGACAAAGAGAGAGUCUGCAAAGCUGCUGAUAAAAUACCCAACUCAGCCAAAAAACUGAAGCCGAACCUGGAGACUGCAGUUCCCUCCAGUGCUGCACCUGCAUCUGCAGCUGCAGCAGCUUCAAUUGAGACUUGUUCCUUCCUACCCAGUGCGGGGACUGCGCGGGCAGCAUCCUUCAUCUAUGAGGAUCCUGACCCGGAUCAGGAACUGGACCAGUCUGAGUGUCAGGCUCUUGCUGCUCUUUUCUUUCAUCUGAAAGAACAAAAGCAGAACAAGUCUGAUCUCAUACUCCUCCGGCCCCUGAUCAAACACACCAGGAUCAAGGGGUUAUUGGACUGUGGAGCCACCCGAAAUUUCAUGUCUCCUAGUGCAGUCAAAAAACUGCAUCUGGGCAUGAAAAGGGUGCAACUGCAGCAACCGCUGCAGGUCAGGAUAGGUGACUCCAUUGUUCUUACCAUCAGGGAGAAGGUCAGGGGUAUCCCUGUUACCUUCGACAGUGCUGGAGAAGUCAGACAUAGUCUGAACUUCAACAUAUUCCCUGAUCUACCCUUUGACCUGGUAUUCUCUAUGCAAUGGCUGAGGGCAGUCGACCCAAGGAUCGACUGGAAGAUCCCCAAAGUUGAGCUGCCAAAUAGCAAGGGGGUGUAUCAGCCUUGUAUGAUUGCAGCUGAUCACCACCCUAAGACCUCCUGCUUCUGCUUGAGAGCGAGAGAGUUCUAUGCUCUCUCACGCCAGUACGACCAUGAGCGUCUGUUUAUAGCUCUGGUCAAGCAGACAGACGCUCCCACUACUCCCUGUCCUCCUGAGAUACAACAGGUUGUGGACCAGUACGCUGACCUGAUGCAGGAGCCCUUUGGGUUACCCAACCGGCCAACCAAGCAUCACAUUGAGGUACUGCCUGGAGCGGUCCCUCCCAAGGGCCGCAUCUACAGGAUGUCACCUGCUGAGCUUGAGGAGCUCAGGCGACAGCUUGAGACCCUGACCAGCAAGGGCUGGAUGAGACCAAGCACUUCUGAAUUCGGUGCUCCAGUCCUCUUUGUUCCAAAGGGGAGUGGUGAGUUCAGAAUGUGCAUAUACUACAGGGGUCUCAACAAGAUCACUAGGAAGAACACAGAGCCACUUCCUAGGAUCGAUGACCUUCUGGAUAUGGUCCAGGGCUGCACCAUCUUCAGCAAAGUCAACCUCAAAUCUGGCUAUCACCAGAUUGAGAUGGCAGAGGAGGACACUGAGAUGCACCACAUAUUCAGGCUGUACCUGGAUAAGUUUAUGGUUGUCUACCUGGAUGACAUCCUGAUAUUCAGCAAAACUACCAGGGAACAUGCGGAGCACCUGGCUUUGGUUCUUCAAUCGUUACGUGACAGUCAGUACAAGAUCAACAGGGAGAAGUCCUCUUUUGGAGUUCCCUCUGUUAUCUAUCUGGGUCAUGUAAUCUCUGGAGAUGGACUGGCCCCUGAAGCAGCCAAAGUUGUCGCUAUUCAGGAUUGGCCACAACCCCAGACGGUGAGAGAUGUCCGGUCUUUCUUGGGUCUGGCCUCGUACUACAGAAAGUUUGUCAGGAACUUUUCUGCAGUGGCUACACCCCUGACUAACCUCACAAAGAAAGACACUCCCUUUCUUUGGUCCCUUCACUGUCAGAUGACCUUUGCACAACUCAAACAGGCCUUGACUCGUGCACCUGUUCUGAAGUUGCCUGACCCCACCUUGCCUUUUGUGCUGACUACUGAUGCUAGCCAGUAUGGCAUUGGGGCAGUCCUUCAGCAGGAUGAUGGGAAUGGUCUGAGACCUGUAGAGUUCAUGAGUAAGAAGAUCAUGACUCAGAAGCUUCAGGACUCUACCUACGAGGAAGAGCUUUAUGCUCUUGUCAGUGCCGUGAAACACUGGAAACACUUUCUCCUGGGCAAGCACUUCAAGAUCUUUUCUGAUCAUUCCACUUUGCAGUGGUUGAAGUCCCAGGGAGAGUUGAAUGAUAAGUUGACACGUUAUAUUCAGUUCAUUGAUCUGUUUGACUUUGAACUAAAGCACAAGAAGGGCUGCUACAACAAGGUAGCUGACGCCCUCUCUCGUAGGCCUGACUCUUUUGCACUGAUCUCCUCCACUCAUUCCUUUGGAGAAGAGGUCCGUCAGACCAUUGCUCGUUCACUGCCUCAGGAUCCGGCUUAUGGACCCAUCGUCAGGAAUCUCCAAGCAGAUCCCAACUCUGAACCUGGCUAUGCCCUGAGUUCAGAUCUGUUGUAUACCUACAGCAGAGGAGAGGAGCGCUUGUGCAUCCCUGAGAAUCAGCAGGUGCGGACACUGCUGAUGUCAGAGUGCCAUGACGCGCGUGGACACUUUGGGUUCCUAAAGUCGUAUGCAGCCCUGUCGUAACGCUUCUUCUGGAAGGAGAUGCGGAGUGAUAUGCUGCGCUAUGUGGACACAUGUGAGCUCUGCCAAAGGAACAAG